AUGUUCGGCGAGUUCGAAGAGCUGGGCUUGAUAGACCGCUAUGAAAGCGUGAUUGCCAGCGUGGGGUACGAGCAUAUCGAAGCGCACGUUUUGGAGACGUGUACGGGCCAGUGGGGAAAUACGAUGUUGGAUGUGUUGAGGUCGUGGAUGUCGGACAAGGUGGUUCCCUGGAUGUUGAGUUUUGGCGUUGUUGUAGCUGAGGAGGCGAGGAAUAUGUUGCAGGGUGUUGGAUCGAGGUUUGAUUUUCAUAUUAAUAAGACGUUGUGUGAUUUGAGGACAAGAGAGAUAUUUGAUAUUAUCAUCGACUUUCCGGAUUCUAUGGGUGCAUUGAACGAUCUCAAGGACUGUUUACAACGCGUAGACCAACGAACGGCCCUCGUCACAGCUCUCCGCAAAGCAAACCGAAAACGUCUCCUCCACCCAGGCGCAGACACGAAACUCAUCCUCUCGCAAUACGUCGCUACCAUCAAGUGUUUGAGGAUUGUAGAUCCCCCGGGAGUGUUGCUUUUUAAAGUUGCGGAUCCUAUACGACGAUAUUUGAGAGACCGACCAGACACCAUCCGAUGCAUCGUUGCCAACCUCGUCGGGGACGACUCGGACGGAGGCGACGCCCUCGUGGAUGAGAACGAGCCGAUCGUGCCGUUGCAGCAGGUGAUGGAUUCUGUGGAUGAUUAUGGAGAUCCGAAUUGGGAACCGGAGCCGGUUGAUGCUGGGCCUGAAUUCCGAACGAACAAGCCAAGCGACGUGAUCAGCACACUAGUCAGCAUAUACGACUCGAAGGAUCUUUUUGUGAAAGAGCUGCAGGUCCUGCUUGCGCAGCGCCUUUUGGCUAUCAAAGAUGGGAACUUUGAGAGGGUUGAGAAGGAGAGAAGGAACAUCGAAAUUCUGAAGAUCAGAUUUGGAGAAGCCGCGCUGCAAGUGUGCGAGGUCAUGCUGAAGGACAUGACGGAUUCGAAGCGAAUCGAUGGGCAUGUUCAAUCUCAGAAAGCUUCAAACGUACAUCCGACAAUCAUAUCUAAACAUUUUUGGCCUGCGCUUGAAUCAAGUGACAUGGUCAUGCCAGGGCAGUUCCAGCAACUUCAGGACCUAUAUGCGCAAGAAUUCAGUAUCUUCAAGCCUGACAAGAAACUGAAAUGGCUACCUCACUUGGGGACUGUACGCCUGGAGCUGCAGCUUGAUGAUCGAACGGUGGAGGCGGAUGUACCUCCUCUUGAGGCUGCUUUUAUUGAGAUGUUUUCGAAUAAGGAUAAAUGGACGCUGGAGGAGCUCAUUACAGAAGUGGGCGAUAUUGAUCGAAGCGCUGCAUUCAAAGCCCUUAUCACAUGGGUGAACAUGGGUGUGUUGAAGGAGGACCCUGAGAAUACGUUUGUACUUCUUGAGAGGGCGGAGGAAGACUUGUCUGGUAAGAGGUCACCUGAAGAAUGGGGUGUUUCUGCGGGUACGUUUUUGGCUAUCUACCCAAUCAUCCAUUGGGUGCUUGUGCUGAUUGGUGGUGGGUUUAACGCAGGUCCCGAACUACCGCCCGUGAUAACUGCUCAACAACAACAGGCCGAACAGAUGAAGGUUUAUUGGAAGGUUCGUCCAUUCAUUCCCUCAACCGUGCUUCAGCCCCGAAACUGA